AGUCUAAUGGACGGACGUGCGUGCGUGGAUCCGGAAGACGUGGCGCAAACAUCUGGCUUCGCUUUCUGUUGCUGUGACACCAAUUAUUUAGUUUAACGGUGACAUUCGGCACAUAGUUAGAUAAAGAAACUCGAAGCUUCGUGUCAAGUGCUGCCAAAAUGAUUUCCCUCACGGAUUCACAAAAAAUCGGGAUGGGGCUGACAGGCUUUGGCGUGUUUUUUCUCUUCUUUGGGAUGAUGCUGUUUUUUGAUAAAGCACUCCUUGCCAUCGGAAAUAUUCUGUUUGUUUCCGGUCUGUCCUUUGUGAUUGGCCUUGAGCGAACAUUCAGAUUCUUCUUCCAGAGGCACAAAGCAAAAGCUACAGGCUUCUUUCUGGGUGGAGUAUUUGUGGUUCUGAUUGGGUGGCCGAUUAUUGGAGUCAUUCUGGAGAUCUAUGGUUUCUUCCUCUUAUUCAGGGGGUUCUUCCCAGUGGCAGUGGGUUUCAUCAGACGGAUACCUGUGCUCGGGUCCUUGCUCAGCUUACCGGGAAUCAGUAGUCUGGUGGACAAAAUUGGCGAGAGCAACACCAUGGUAUAACAGAAUAAGGUUCACCAUUUAGAAGGGGACUUCUGUAUUUGGCUUGUAUUCUUGAUUUUUGGACCAUCAUCACUCCAGGACUGUGGAUCCAAACAUGUUUCUGCACAAAAAGUAGAAGUCCAUCUUUGGAUGUUUGAGUGAUGUCACAAAGUUUCCACUGACAGAAGGAAAUGGCUUUGUGUUGCUAUUGGACUAAAGGUAAUCAGUGACUUUAUUUUAAAAGAUGAAAAGUGUGUCUGAUUUUGUAUCACAGAGGCUCAUUAACGACUGACAGCAAUGGACAAGUCGAGACGGACCACUGGAUGAGACUCCGGAGCUCUUCACAGCACACAUUCCUGUAGACUGUGUGCCUGAACUGUUACUGAGAGCAUUUAUACGUUGUUAAAGGUGUUGCUACUAGAACUUUGUAAAAAAUAA